AUUCUUGUAUUUUUCAUUUGCAGGAACAAAUAAUGCCCGUCUGGCAGCCAUGCUGAGACAGUUAGCACAGUAUCAUGCCAAGGACCCCAAUAAUCUCUUCAUGGUUAGACUGGCACAGGGUCUGACGCACCUGGGGAAGGGAACGCUGACACUCUGCCCCUACCACAGCGACAGGCAGCUGAUGAGCCAGGUAGCUGUAGCUGGACUGCUUACUGUCCUUGUCUCCUUCCUCGACGUCAAGAACAUAAUCCUUGGAAAGUCGCACUACGUCCUGUAUGGGCUGGUGGCAGCUAUGCAGCCCCGUAUGCUAGUCACAUUCGACGAGGAGCUGCGGCCUCUUCCAGUGUCUGUGAGAGUGGGACAGGCUGUAGAUGUUGUGGGCCAGGCUGGUAAACCCAAGGCCAUCACAGGAUUCCAGACCCACACCACGCCAGUGUUGCUGGCGCACGGAGAGCGGGCAGAGCUCGCCACUGAGGAGUACCUGCCUGUCACGCCCAUCCUGGAGGGUUUUGUCAUUCUGCGCAAGAACCCCAACUACGAUGCCUGAGCCCCACCCCAACACACCUUUUACAGUGUGUGAACUCUCUGCCUCCCCAUUCAGGGAGGGCAUAACAACACCGUUAUCUCAGUAACCAACAAUAAACAAGCAAUGUGCUACCACAUGCAAAAAAACAAAAAAUCGAAUAAUCAAAAAAAAUGUGACUCUCUGCCAGGCGUUGCUGAGGUUGGUUUGUUAUUUGUUUUUUGUAAUAAGGCCGUGAAAUACCUACAUGAGUGUUGUUUUUGUUACAGUACUGUA